AUGGAAGCGAAUAAAGACGCUGCAUUGCAUUAUUUGGAACUUGCUGAGAGAGCAUUGUUAACAAAUGACAAUGCCCGAGCGAUGCGAUAUAUCAACAAAUCUGAAGAUCUGUUCCCUACACAAAAAGCCCAAGAUCUUCGAGACCAAAUAAAACAUCGAGCGACUCAUUCAUCAAACAAUAGUACUACGAAUGAAUCUAACACAACAUCUUCUAAUCACGAUCGUGCAAACACAAAUCACAAUUCGUCACAUACUAGACAUCGAACCAAUUCUAAAACAACUGAAGACUUCACUUCCGAAGAAGAAGCUAUAAAAAAAAUAAAAACAUGUAAAGACUAUUACACAAUUCUUGGUGUCAGCAAAACCGCUUCGGAAGCUGAUUUGAAAAAAGCAUACCGAAAACUAGCUCUUCAAUUUCACCCAGACAAAUGUAAAGCACCUGGUGCUACUGAAGCUUUCAAAGCAAUUGGUAAAGCGUUUUCGGUACUCAGUGAUCCAAAGAAACGUGAAGAUUACGAUCAGUAUGGUCACGCCAUGGAACCGCAAUAUGAAAAUAAUCACCGCAAUCAUGGCCAUGGUGGCCACUAUUAUUAUUCCGAUGACGAUGAUGAUUUUUCUGCUGAAGAAAUCUUCAAUCUUUUCUUUGGUUAUUCCGGUCCAACAAAUCGUGCAUAUCGACGUCGUCAACAUCCAAACACAUUUCAUUUCACUACACAUUCACCACAAACCAAUACAACCACACUUACUCAAAUAUUACCAUAUUUAUUGCUCUUUCUCAUUUCAAUCAUUGGAACUUUUCUAGUAAGCGAACCUCAAUUUCAAUUACAUCGCACCGGGAAAUAUACCGUUCUACGUACGACACGUUCGGCUGAUAUCCAGUACUAUGUCAAGCAAGAUUUUCGUGCGCCGAGCACACAGACCGAACUCGAUCGAUUUGAAUCAUCUGUCAUUGAUGAAUACAUAUCCGAUCUACGAAAUCAAUGUUAUCGUGAACAACAACAUAAGGAGUCAAUGAUUUGGCGAGCGAGAAUGAUGAAUGAUAAUAAUCUGUAUCGACAAGCGCAGCAAUUAACAACACCAUCGUGUACAAAAUUAAGUCAGUUCGCACGUACUUAUGCGUAG